GCGUCGGUUUGUCUAGUUUUUGGCAUUUUGCAAAAUUCGGCGGAUGGUGAUUCGGGCUACGCCACCCAGCCGAUUCAGUGUUCUAUUGAUGGUGUUUUUCUAUUUGUUAAGUGGGUAUCGUGGAUAUUAAUUACGAUCGAACGUGAAGCGCGUGUGUAGUUUUUAUAUAUACGAAUGGUGCAUUAGCAAAUUUAAAGUGCUGUUCCUGCAGGCUUCGAACUGCAAAGCGGAAGAUGAAUUUGGUGUUGCUAAGCUGUCAUCAUGAACAUAGCUGAUACUGUCCAACAACUACACACAGCUUAUUCUAAUGGAAAAACUAGGAAUGUUGAUUUUAGAGAACAACAACUCAACAACUUACUUCGCAUGUAUGAAGAGAACCAUGACAAAAUGGCAAAAGUGCUGGCACAGGAUCUCCGAAAGCACAAACAGGAGGCCUAUUUGAUGGAAAUCGACUACAUGAUAAACGAUUUGCGCAGCAUCAUUUUCAGCCUCCGCGAAUGGGCCAAACCGGAGAAACCAAAGAAGACUUUUGUGAACAUGAUGGACGAGGUUACUAUCUACAACGAUCCGUACGGCGUUGUGUUGGUCAUCAGUGCGUGGAACUAUCCAUUACAACUAACCUUGGUGCCGGUGGCUGCUGCGAUUGCCGCUGGAAAUUGUGUCCUGAUCAAGCCCAGUGAAGUAGCUCCAGCUACUUCAAAGUUUAUUGCGGAGACUAUUCCAAAGUAUUUGGAUAAGGCAUGCUACCGUGUGAUUGAAGGAGGAAUAAAGGAAACUACCGAGGUAUUGAAACAAAAGUUUGACUAUGUUUUCUACACCGGAUCUGGACGUGUGGGAAAAGUUAUCCAUAAAGCAUGCGCGGAGAAUUUGACACCAUGCACACUUGAACUUGGCGGCAAAAGCCCUUGCUAUGUUGACAGCUCUGCGGACAUCCCGAUUGCUACGAGACGUAUUCUGUGGGGCAAAUUUGUAAACGCUGGUCAAACCUGCAUUGCACCGGAUUAUGUUCUUUGUUCGAAAGAGGUGCAAGGCAAAUUCUUGCAAGAAGCGCGUUUAGUUCUUAAGGAGUGGUAUGGAGAAAAUCCGAAACAAAGCCCGGAUUUGUGUCGAAUUAUAAACGAACAACAUUUCAAGCGCCUGAGUGGGAUGCUUCAAGGAGCAAAUAUAGCAGUUGGAGGAGAAACAGAUGCCAACGACAAAUAUAUUGCGCCGACUAUCCUUAUCGAUGUAAAAGACAAAGAUUCAGUAAUGCAAGAUGAGAUAUUUGGGCCCAUUUUGCCUAUUGUAAAUGUAAAAAAUGCACAUGAAGCCAUCCAAUUUAUCAACUCUAGGGACAAAGCCUUGGCAAUGUAUAUAUUUAGUAAGAACCAAGCCGACAGAGAGAUAAUAGUUUCAAACACUUCGUGUGGUGGAAUAUGUGUCAACGAUACUAUGGGACACUUUGCAGUCGACACUCUGCCAUUCGGAGGUGUUGGUCCCAGCGGAAUGGGAUCCUAUCAUGGAAAGUACGGAUUUGAUACCUUUACGCACAAGAAGUCGUGUCUAGUUAAAAAUUUCAGUCCCAUCGGAGAGAAGUUGGCUUCGUCGCGGUACCCGCCAUACUCUGAUAGUAAAUUGUCGCUCUUGACGAAACUACUGAAGAAAAGACAAGGAUUAUCGUUGAAGUUUUUUCCAUAUGCGUUGAUGUUUGGACUGGGUAUUGCUUCGGCCAUAUUUGUUAAGUCCAUUACAGAGGAAGAUUCUUAAUUAUUUAACCUUUUAACAUAUAAUGUAUGCUUUUUUGUAAAUAUAAGCAUUGAAUGGUUGCAUAAGUACU